AUGGCGGGGCUGGUUUUCGUGCACGAUAGAUGCCAACGCGCCCAAGCAAAAGCGCUUCAGCUGUCAGGAAUUUCUCUUUUCCCAACCAUUUACUUCUACGAGUCGGUGAUUGUGGUCGAUUGGCCGAUGGGGUCCGAACUGGAGCCGGCGUUGACGUUCAGGAAGAGGACCGUCGUGAUGACUUGUGAGGAGAGCUGGCGAUCACAGUCGCAACAAUCCUCGGCAACUCUGUUCCCACCAAGCAGGCAAUUAUCCGCCCGCAGUCCCAUUCUCACCAAGUUUUACGCGUUGCAGACCCGCUGCUUAUCCAGGAACUCGGGACUGUUGGGCUUCCCGGUCCUCGAUCUGAUGGCGCGCGAUCCGCAAUCCCCGUACCUGGUACCAACUCUUACGAUGCUUACCUAG